UGGUUCACUUCCUAUAGGGACUGAAAACCAAGUGAGGAGGUGAAGGAUUAUACCGCACUACACCAGAGAAUAUAGAGAGGAUAGACACUGCAGAUAGAUGCUGACCAUCACCCAAUGGAACAACUGCACAAUUGUGGGAAGACAUCCAGUCCCUUCACAGCAUUGCUCAACACAGAGAAGGUUAGUCAGUGAAACCAUCAUCUGGAAAUCGGUCGGGUCAGGGAAACUUUGACAUAUCAUCAGAUCUGAAACUGGUCGGUGGUGUGGAGCCUUCCAUCAGAACGAGCCUUUCUGAAGGUUCAGCUGUGGGUGUUUGGUCAGGGUGAGGCUGGGAAGAAGGGUGAGUGGCUCCAAGUGUGGUGAGAGCUUCAAUCAUUCAUCGAGCUUCAUGAACCACUGACUCAUUCCUACAAGUCAGAGACUGUUCAAAUGUGAGGUGGACCCCACAGGCGAAGCAAAUCGCAAUCCACAUACAACAAAACAGUUGUACAACUAUUAAAAUAAGGGCAACUUCAUGGAAGUGAAACAAUACAAGUGUGAGGUCUGCGAACGAGGUUUUGCAAAGUCAUCAACGCUGGUGAGUCACCGGCGUAUUCACACUGGUGAGAAACCAUUUGUAUGUGAGGUGUGUAACAGGGGCUUUACACAAUUGUCAAGUCUGGUGAAACACUGGCUCAUUCACACAGGGGAGAAACCGUUUACCUGCGAGGUGUGUGACAAAGCAUUCUCAGAGUCGUCAUCCCUCCGUGUUCACCAGCGCAUUCACACCGGGGAGAAACCCUUCACGUGUGAGGUGUGUGACAAAUCAUUCUCAGAGUCAUCAACUCUUCGCAGACACCAACGCAUUCACACUGGGGAGAAACCCUUCACGUGCGAGGUGUGUGACAAAUCGUUCUCGCAGACAUCGACUCUGCGCGUGCAUCAACGUAUUCACACAGGAGAGAAACCGUUCACUUGUGAGGUGUGUGAUAAAUCAUUCUCAGACUUAUCAACCCUGCGCAGACACCAACGCAUUCAUACAGGGGAGAAACCAUUCAAAUGUGAGGUGUGUGAUAAAUCAUUUUCAAAUUCUUCACAUCUCCGCAGACACCAACCUAUUCACACCGGGGUAAAACCAUUCACAUGUGUAGUGUGUGAAAAAUCAUUCUCGGAUUCUUCAAGUCUCCUGCUGCAUCAGAGGAUCCACACAGGGGAGAAACCUUUCAAGUGCGAGGUGUGUGAUAAAUCAUUCUCAGAGGCAUCGACCCUCCACGUACACCAACGCAUUCACACGGGAGAGAAACCUUUUGUGUGCGAGGUGUGUGAUAAAUCAUUCUCAGAGACAUCAACUCUUCGCAGACAUGAACGCAUUCACACAGGAGAGAAACCUUUUGUGUGUGAGGUGUGUGACAAGUCAUUCUCACAGACUUCGACUCUCCGUGUACACCAACGCAUUCACACAGGGGAAAAACCAUUCACUUGUGAAGUAUGUGACAAAUCAUUCUCAGACUUGUCAACUCUUCGCAGACACCAACUCAUUCACACUGGGACGAAACCAUUCACAUGCGAGCUGUGUGACAAAUCAUUUUUGACUUCUUCACACCUUCGCAGACACCAACCUGUCCACACUGGGGAGAAACCAUUCUUAUGUGUGGUGUGUGACAAAUCAUUCUCAGUUUCAUCAAGUCUCCUGCACCAUCAGAGGAUACAUACAGGGGAGAAACCUUUCACAUGUGAGGUGUGUAACAAAUCAUUCUCAGAGUCAUUGACCCUUCGCAGACAUCAACGUAUUCACACUGGGGAGAAACCAUUCACGUGCGACGUGUGUGACAAAUCAUUCUCACGAUCAUCAACCCUCCGUGUACACCAACGAAUCCACACAGGAGAAAAGCCAUUCACAUGUGAGGUGUGCAACAAGUCCUUCUCAGAUUUAUCAAGCUUCUGCGUACAUCAACGCAUUCACACAGGGGAGAAACCAUUCACGUGUGACAUAUGUGACAAGUCAUUCUCGAGGUCAUCACACCUCCGCAAACACCAACGUAUUCACACUAGGGAGAAAUGUUUCACGUGCAACGUGUGUGGUAAAUCAUUCUCGGAUUCAUCAAGUCUUCAGCUCCAUCAAAAGUUUCACACAGGAGACUACAUGGAAGAGAAACCAUUCAAGUGUGAGGUUUGUGAUAAAUCUUUCAUGACCUCUACGAGGCUGCUGACACACCAAAUGAUUCACACGGGGGACAAACCCUUCAGGUGUGAGGUUUGUGAAAAGGCUUUCACUCACUCCUCCCAUCUCCUGAGGCACCAGAGAAUUCAUACGGGGCAGAAACCAUUCACGUGCGAUGUGUGUGAAAAAUCAUUCUCGAUCUUAUCGAACCUCCGUGUACACCAACGCACUCAUACUGGGGAGAAGCCAUUCACAUGUGAGGUGUGUGACAAAUCAUUCUCAGACUCAUCCAGUCUCCGCAGACACCAACGUGUUCACACAGGGGAGAGACCCUUCGCUUGCGAGGUGUGUGACAAAUCGUUCUCAUCAUCGUCUCACCUCCAUGGACACCAACGCACUCACACAGGGGAGAAGCCAUUCACAUGUGAGGUCUGUGACAAAUCAUUCUCAGAUUCGUCGAGUCUCCGCAGACACCAACGUAUCCACACAGGAGAGAAGCCAUUCUUGUGUGACGUGUGUGAGACAUCAUUCUUGUAUUCAUCAAAUCUCCGUGUACAUCAACGUAUUCACACAGGGGAGAAACCAUUCCUGUGCAAGUUGUGUGACAAAUCAUUCUCAACAUCAUCACUUCUCCGCAUACACCAUCGUGUUCACACUGGGGAGAAGCCUUUCAAAUGUGAGGUGUGUGACAAAUUGUUCUCAAGGUCUUCCAACCUUUUGGUUCAUCAGAGGCUCCACACAGGAGAAAAACCUUUCAAGUGUGAAGUAUGUGAGAAAUCAUUCUCAAGGUCAUCACAUCUCCUGCUCCACUGGAGAAUUCACACACAGGAAUAGUCCUUUAAGUGGGAGAUAUUCAAUAAAACCUUCAAAAUACCUUUGAUACUCCUGAAACCUCACAGGAUUCACACUGGGGAAACUCUUCAGGUGCGAUAUUUAUGAAAAGCCUUUCAAGCACUAUACCCGUCUCCUAAAGCCUUCACACAAUUGUUGGUGGUACUGGAACUUCAGCAAACCUACAUGGGCCUACCUGGCCAAGUUCUUGUCAAAUGCCAUCUGGUUCUGAACACACUCUCACUGUGCAGAGAUGUUCAGUGGGACUGGGACACAGAACUAAGAAGCAGCUUUCUCUCCCAUCAAACAACUAGUCAGAGUCAGAGUUGUACAGCAUGGAAACAGACCCUUUUGUCCAACUUUUGUCUAUGCCGACCAGAUAUCCUAAAUUAACCUCGUUCCAUUCACCAGCAUUUGGCCCACAUCCCUCUAAAGCCUACCUAUUCAAAUACCCAUCCAGAUGCCUUUUAAAUGUAGUAAUUGUACCAGCCUCCACCACUUCCUCUGGCAGCUCAUUCCAUACAUGCACCACCGUCUGCGCACAAAAAGUUGUCCCUCAGGUCCCUUUUAAAUCUUUCCCCGCUUCGUGUUAAACCUAUGCCCUCUAGUUUUGGACUCCACUACCCUGAGGAAAAGACUGUGGCUAUUCACCAUAUCCAUGCCUCUCAUGAUUUUAUAAACUUUGAUAAGGUCACCCCUCAGCCUCCAGGGAAAAUAGCCCCAACCUAUUCAGCCUCUCCCUUUAGCUCAAACCCUUCAAUUCUGGCAAUGUGCUUGUCAACCUUUUCUGAACCCUUUCAAGUUUAACAACAUCGUUCCUGUAGCAAGGAGGCCAGAAUUGAAUGCAGUAUUCCAGAAGUGGCUAACCAGUGUCCUGUACAGCUGCAACAUGACAUCCCAACUUCCAUACUCAAUGGGGGAAAAUUAGCCCAGUUCUGUCUUAAAAUUAUGUCCUCUUGUUCUAGAGUUCCCUACUAUAGCAAAUAAUUUUGUUGUAUCUACCAUGUUCAGCACAGCUGUACCAUAAUCAUUUUAAAGAUCCUGAUUAGAUCACCCUUAAAUAUUCUAAACGCAAAUUAAUAAAGGCCAAGUUUAUGCAACUUCUUCUAAACUAAUCCUUUAUGGCUAGUAUCAUUCUGGUAAAUCUCCACUGUUUAGUUGUCAAGAACAAUACAUCUUUCCUGACUUUGUGUCCUAAAUAAAAUGCAGUCUGAACAAAUCAAUGUUUAAUUGUAACACAAUCUCCCUUUUCAAUCCACUUUGAAGUAAAACCCAACAUGUCUUUUUAACAUUUUUCUGCAUGUGCAGCAGCUUUGACUGAUGUGUGUUCAUGGAUAACAAAAUUUCGUUGUUUCUCCACAACUUUUGGUCUCUCGUUAUUAUGAAAGCAUUCUAAUCUGUUAUUCUCUGCAACUUGUCUGACAGAUCAGGAAGCUUAAAUGUUUUAAACAAUUUAAAGAUUGAAUCUUAUUGUUACAAUUUGGGUUUUCUUCCCUCAACAUGACUCAUGGUGGAAAGGGUAGCCACUAACUUAUUUUGAAGGUUGGGCCAAUCUGUCUGAAUAUUAUUUGGGGAGUGGAGGGUUGAAGAAAAUGUGGAUGAUUUAUCAGAAGGACUAUCCAACCACAUAUGGGCCGACUGAGGUUCUUAGGUGGCUAAUGAAUGGCCAUUUAACAGCCUUAUUUCACACACACUGGGAAUUGAAACCACAGCAAGGCUGGGUGUGCUCAUGCCAUGUGGAAAGCCCAGUAGUUGUGAUGGCUGGUAUCAGGCCAGGGGGUGACACACCUCCUUUGUACAUUUAUGGGUCCACUGGAGCCAUACUCCAAGCCCCCAACAGUCCAACUUUUCCAUUUAUCCCACCACCACCUCCUCCUAGCCUUUCACAUUAGACUCCCCAACACCCUUACUAGGGACUGUCAGCCUGACCCCAAACCGUACCCAGAAUUACCUUUGGAUUGCUCUUUUUGGGACUGUUCCAAGCCAUCAUUCCCCCUUCCCCAGUUUUGUAUGUGAGGAGCAGGAGAGAGCCUUUAAUAAGGUGGUUAGGAAGCCUAGCUAUAUCACACUUCCGCAGCUACACUGGCACUAUCUCCCACCUCUUCCUCCGCUUCAUCGAUGACUUUAUCGGCACCACCUCAUGCUCCCACAAGGAGCUCGAACAGUUCAUCAACUUUAUUAACACCUUUCACCCCAACCUCAAGUUCACCUGGACCAUCCCUGAUACCUCUCUCUCCUUCCUGGACCUCUGUCUCCAUCUCUGGUGACCACCUCGAAACUGAUAUCUGUUUCAAGCUCACCAACUCCCACAGCUACCUAGACUACACCUCCUCUCACCCACCUUCCUGCAAGAAUGCGAUCCCCUAUUCCCAAUUCCUUCGCCUCCACCGCAUCUGCUCCCAAGAUGAGGCGUUCCACUCUCGGACAUCCCAGAUGUCCUCAUUUUUCAAGGACUGCAAUUGUCCCCCCGCAGUGGUUGAAAACACCCUCAACCGCAUCUCUUGCGUUUCCCACACCUCAGCCCUCACACCCCCUCCCUGCAAUAAAAACAAAGACAGAAUUCCCCUUGUCCUCAUGUAUCACCCCAUUAACCUCCGGAUUCAAUGCAUCGUUCUCCGCCACUUCUGCCACCUGCAAUCUGACCCCACUACGAAGGAUAUAUUUCCCUCCACACCCUUAUCUACCUUCCAGAGGGACUGCUCUCUCCGUGACUCACUCGUCCGCUCCACACUCCCCACUAGUCCCACAACCCCUGGCACCGUUCCCUGCAACCGCAGGAGGUGCUACACCUGCCCCUACACCUCCCCCCUCACCUCCAUCCCAGGUUCCAAAAAAACCUUCCACAUUAGACAGAUGUUCACCUGCACAUCCGCUAAUGUGGUCUGUUGCAUCCACUGUUCCCGCUGUGGCCUCCUCUACAUCGGGGAGACCAAGCGGCGGCUCGGAGACUGCUUUGUAGAGCACCUACGCUCGGUUCGCGACAAAUGACAACACCUCCCAGUCACGAACCACUUCAACUCCCCCUCCCACUCCCUGGACGACAUGUCCAUCCUGGGCCUCCUCCAGUGUCACAAUGAUGCCACCCGGAAACUGGAGGAACAGCACCUCAUAUUCCACCUUGGAAGCCUACAACCCAAUGGUCUCAAUGUGGACUUUACUAGCUUCAAAAUCUCCCCACCCCCGACCUCAUCCCAAGACCAGCUCCCCCCCUCUCCUCCCCACCUCAUUGACCUGUCUGUCUUCUCUCCCAACCAUCUGCUCCACUAUCUACCUGCUAUCACUGCCCCCCUCCAUUUAUUUCAGAGCCCCCUUCCCGUCUCCCAUUUCUGAAGAAGGGUCCCGGCCCAAAACGUCAGCUUUCCUGCUCCUCUGAUGCUGCCUGGCCUGCUGUGUUCCUCCAGCUCCACACUGUGUUAUCUCACACUUAACCUAGCCUUCUCAAAAACAAUCCAGAGGCUAGACUAUGGCAGGAAACUAGCCUAACAGGCAGCAGGUGCAAAUUCUAGGCCAGCCCACCUCCCGAACCAGUCUACAAACUAAUACACGUAACAAUAAAGAAAAAAAGGUCCACAAGGAAUUUAAUACAGCUCUUCCAAAAAAGGUCCACAAGAAAUUUAAUACAACUCUCCUAGCAUGUUUCUGAUUCCGUUUGACAAGAUGAAAUUUAAAUAAAUGCAUUUCCCUUUAAAGGAGCAAUAAUUGAAAUGGCUACAGCUAAGAAAAUUAUUAAACAUUUAAGUAUGUGUGGUGUGUGUAUGCAUUCAGGUUUACCCUCAAUCAAGCUUCAUAUUCUGAUCUUCGAGAGACUAAAGAAGUUUACUUUCCCAAUAAACAUGUGAAAAAUAAUUAUUCAAAGAUCAAUUCUUACACUAAUCAGGAAGCCCUUACAUGUCACAGUUAACAUUACUUUUACUUCUCUGUGCAUUCAGGUCAGCUCAAGAGAUUUCCAAUUAAGUUUUGUGAUAUCUUACAAUAUGAAGAAAAUUCUGAAGAUUAAAUCAGAUUAUGAAACUCACUAAUAAUGUCUGCCAUUAGCCUGUGUUACCAUCCCAAACAGCUAUUUUCCAAAUGUGAGUUAAGUGAGCAAACAUUAGAAGGUUCUCUGGCCUCCUUUAACUAUUACAAACAGAAACUCUGGCUGAACAUUCUCUGUCAGCCAGGAACCCAGGCCAGUUACAUUAUCCUAAAUAGUAGUUCAGCUGAGGUCAGCAAACAUAUUGCACCCAAGAAAACCCAAAUUAAGUUGUGCAGUACAGUUCCCAAUUAGGAUAACACUGUGGCCAUCUUUGCCUAUAAACUUUAGCUAUUUAGAUUGUGACAGUUCAUCACAGAACUAUUUUGGCGCAAAAGGAGACUAUUUGGCUCAGCGUACCUCCACUCGCAUCAUUACCUAGUAUCAAUCUCCUACUUUUUUUCCCAUACCCUUUUUAUUUCUAUCCAAGUAAUCAUCCAGCAUCAUCUUGAAUGCCUCAUUUAAAUCUGCCUCCACCACACUUUCAAGUAGUGCAUUCCAUACCCUAUUUGCUGAGUGAAAAGAUUUCUCACAUCUGCCUUGCUUUGUUUGCACAUCACUUUAAAUCUAUGCUUUCAUGUUCCUUUUUCUUUUAGGAGUGGGAACAGCUUCUCCCUAUCUACUCUAUCCAGCCCUUUUCACGAUUUUGGAAACCUCUACCAAAUCUGCUCUCGGCCUGCUUCCUCUUGAGGAUAAGAGUCCCAAACACUUCAAUCUAUCCUCAUUACUGAAGUUUCUCAUUUCUGGAAACAUUCCUGUAAAUCAUUUCUGUACUCUCGCCAAGACAUUCACAUCUUUCCUAGAAUGUGACACCCACAACUGCACACGAUACUCCAGCUGAGAUCUAACAGCUGAACAAAUGCAAAUUAUGAAAACUCUCACCAAUGACUAUAGUGAAGUAACUUACUAACACUUAAAAUUAUAUAUGAUACUUGUGAUGACAUCACCAGUGCUGAGGGAUUAUGAUGUCAGCAAUGGAGCCACCCUGCAGUGUGAUGUCAGUGACACAGGACUUGGAGUAAUCCCCAUGCAGUGAGGGCAACCCGUUGUGUUUGUAUCCAGAGCAUUAACACACACUGAACUACAAUGUGCACAAAUGGAGAGAGAGAGUCUGGGUAUUGUCUUUAGUAUUUUAACCAAUACCUGUUAAGGGAGAAACUAGCUGUCAGUUUUGACCACAAGCUGAUGACAUAUUUCUCAAAGCACUUCUAUCUGUUCUAAAGUGUUUGCAAAUGACGUUACUUAAUUUGCUGAGCUAUCACUUGGACGUGAAGUACAAGCAAUGGAAGCAGAUGUACAUCAUUGACAUGCUGUUGAGAUCUGCAGUCUCUCUGAAGGCAGUUGAUGCUUGUGCAAAAUGUGAAAUAUUCCACAUUCCACAAGAAGCAAUAGCACAAUAUGCUCUGGAAAUCAUCAGCCCAGCAGAGGCAAUGAAUCUGGUCUUGCUCAGAUCAAACAAUUUUCACAACAAGGCACAAUUCUUCAAAUGUUACAGGGCAUUGUAACUGAAUUCAUCAAGGACAGUCCUGUUACUAUGAGAGAGUAUUGGACAAGCAAGUGAUUGCCCAAGAUGGCAUCCUGUUCAAAGAGACAUUUUACCUAAAGACAUAAGAGAAGAAAUAUUGAAACACAUCCUACACAAACCAUCAAGGAAUCAAGUCUAGUCUGAGGAAGGAAAGAGAAGUGUUGUAUUGGCCAAACAUAAGCAAUGAGAUGAAGAAUCACAUCAGCCAGUGCAGUGCUUAUAAUGAACAUCAACCUAAACAAGAUAAAGAGCUGCUCAUGACUCAUGACAUCCCAAACAGCCCAUGGAUGAAGCUUGGAGUAGACCUCUUUAUUCUCUAAGUUUCUAAUGAUACAAAGCUGGACGGAAAGGUUUUCCAGAAUCCAUUGUGGAAUCAAACCCUGUACAGGAGAUAUGUUCACCUCCUGGCACAUCAGAAAUUGUGCUUAGCACACUGUAAAAGUGCUCUUUCUGCUGAGGGCACAGAGCAGGCACAAGGACAAGCAGAGAAACGUCAGACAACAUGCACACCUGCUAGAGCGUACAGGCAGAGGACAACCUACAAAAUGUUGUCGGAAGAGAUGUAUGUCAGGACACUACACUUCAGCAAGGAAGCAAUCGCAUGCCUCUGUAAAAUGAAGACAACCUCAAAAUGCACACUGGCUUAUCAGAGCUGAUGAAAGUCAUGACAGGACUGAAUUUCUUUGCCUCUGAGUAACUUCAGCCUGGCACAGGUGACGGUGUAACAUUCCCCACAGCACUGCGAGGGCCUGCAUUCUCCAGGUCACUGAGGCCAUUUUCCAUACAGCCUCUGAAUUUAUUCACUUUGAUAUGUCCUCUGUAAGGAUGGAGAGGUCCCUCACAUUCUCCAAGAUCGCUGGCUUCGCAGAUGUGAUUGGGGCUGUCGAUGGAACAUAUAUUCCACUGAAGGCAUCAAAAGAGGAGCCUGUUUCCUUCAACAACAGGAAGGGCUUCCAUUCACUGAAUGUGAUGAUUGUAUGUGAUGCCCAAAUGAAGAUCCUGAAUGUAAAUGCAGAUAACUGGAGAAGUGCACAUGAUUCCUUUGUCCUGGCGACCUCAAGGGAAUUACAGGCUGGUUACUGAAGGAUGAAGGAUACCUGCUGAGGACCAGCAACCAAGGACAUGAAUGAUACAAUCGUGCACAUAUAGCAAAAUAUCAGGUGGUGGACAGGGCAGUCUGGCUCCUCAAGUCAUUUUUCCAUUGCCUGGACAGGUCAGGAAGCACUUUACGGUUCUCACUGGUGAGAAUUUCUAAGAUUGCAGUUGUGUGUUGUGCGUUGCACAAAUUUGCCAUCCAAGAAGGACACGACCUUCUUCUGGAGGAUGUUUUUGAGCCAGAAAUGGAAGAGCUAGAAGAGUGCAAUGAUGCAGACGGGCCGCCCAGAGAAUGUGAGGAGGCUCCAGCAGCUUGAGAUCACCUGGUCACUACUACCUUCAGACACUGUGAAUUGGACAGUCCCUGUCUUUCCUUCCCUCCCUCUCAAAAUAAGACAAACAAGAUUGGUAUUUGCAAGUCCAGCCUUACCACUGGAAAGACCUUUGAGAUACUUACUGCUGAAGAAAGUAAAACUCAGCUGUUCAAAUAAAAGGUUAUCCAAACAAAUUGUAUUCUCAAAUAAUUAACAUCUUAGACCUCUUUUCAUGAGCCUCAUCUGAAUAAAAUAUUUCAGAAAUAUUUAGAAAGAUGACUGUGUUAUGAUUUCAGCUGAUUCUAAACCAGUGAGUCAGUUUCCAGAAUGAAGCCUGGCUUGUUAGAUCAGAAGUUUCGUUUUGCUUUACCAUGGUUACCAUGGUUCUUCACUGAACACACAGGAGAGGAUCAAUUAGCUCAGUUGGCUGGAAGACAGGUUUAUGAUGCAGAGUGAUUCCAAUAGCACGGGUGAAUCCCGUAUUGGCUGAGGUUAUUAUGCAAUCCCACCUUCUUAACCUCACCUCUUGCCUAAGGCACGGUGACUCUCAGGUUAAACCACCGAGUCAUCUCUCUCUCUGUCUCUCCUUCCGUCUCUGAUCACAGAGUAGCCCUAUCAUCCUCUGGGACUACGGCAACUUUACCUUUAAUGAAAAAAAGGUUUAUUACACAAAGGAAGAAAAACAACAAAUCAGCUAUCGGACAAUUUAAUAAAGAUCUUAACGUAAACAAA